UAUAUAAUAAGCGUGUGGUGUAUGUUGUUGAUGUUGAUUAUUAUUCAUUCGUUCAUUCAUAGAUCCACUCCAUAAAUUCGUCUCCUCUGUUACCGACCCUAACCUCUCCUCUCUCUGAGCGAGCCGCCGCAACAGCUACCUGAUGGACCCGAUUCCAGUUGAGAAUGACAAGGAUUUUGCGAAAUUGAAAGAUUUAGUAGGAGAACAAGACAACACUGAUCCUGAUCCUAAAGUUGUUGAGAAUGACAAGGAUUUUGCUCGACCCAUAAAGAAAUUUAAAGUUGACAAGGAUGGUUUAGUAGAAGAAGAACACAACACUGAUUCCGGAGGAGGAGGAGGAGAAGAAGAACACCAGACUGAUUCCUGGACACGCCCCUCAGAUCGAGAGAUUUUCAAAAUAUGGCAGGAGCGUUGGGGUAUAACAUACGCCGACAAAAAGGAAGAAGAUGAGAGGUUCCUUAUCUUCCAGAAAUCUCUUUCACCGCCCUCACAACAGGAGUUCCUUCCCAGAGUUGAGGCUUGUGCUGAUCUAACCCAACAAGAAUUAGAAGAGAUGUUCGGCACCAACCCCGAUGAUCCUGUUUAUAAUUAUCUUUAUGAUAUCGACAUUAAACUUAUGUGUGAACUUAUUGAAGUGUUGAGACCAUUACGAUUACAUAUGGAUCCAAACGUCUUGUAGGGUCUUGGCAGGUUGUCAUCUUAGCCUAGUGGGAUGAUGAUAAGAAGACUUUUGUGGUUGUUCUUGGUCUUCCUCCUUCUCAGGAACAAAUGUUUCUUGUGAGACUAUCUAUCUAUACCUUUUAAUUUUGUUGGUUAGAAUACAACUCUCCAGAAAUGAGUGUAAAAUUCUAUGAAAAAAUGAAUUUAAUUAUCUUAAAGUUGACUUUGUCAUUA